CUUGAGUUUCAGCAUGGCACCACUGAAGGCAGUCUUCAACCACAAGAAUGCAGUCCUCGUUGCGCAAAUAGAUGCUCGAACACACAGUACAAGAAGCCAUGUUUGUUCUUCUGCCAAAAGUGCUGUGCCAAAUGUUUGUGUGUGCCUCCUGGAACCUAUGGCAACAAGCAGGUCUGCCCGUGCUAUAACAAUUGGAAGACCAAAAGGGGUGGCCCCAAAUGCCCUUGA